AUGAGCACCACAACUAGGGCAUCAUUCCCAAGAUACAAGGUCAAGGAGGAUAAUGCCAUGAUGGAUUCAUUGAUCUACACAGCUGUGUUCCUUCACGAAUCACUUGAUUUCUGCUCCGAGAGUAUCCUUGAUGGUCUAAUGUAUCAAAUUCUUAAAGCUCAUCAUCUCUUGAGGUUAUAG